GCAGGAACAGAGCGGGCAGCCUCGUGGCUUCAUGAAUGUCUGAUCCGGGCAGCUGCACGGUGCAGAUUUGCAGAGCCGGCUCGGAGCAGAACUUCGCUGCCACGGCUGACUUUGGGGGGACCCUGGUGGAGCAGACGCUGGGCCGGGCCGGGCCUGACAAAAUGCCCCCCUUCCCACCCCAGCAAGGCUGGACUCGGGGUACCUACCUCCCCUUGUACAAUCCCCUGGCAGGGGGGGAACUUGGGCCACAGGGAGAGAUGGAGCUCACUUGGCAAGAGAUCCUGUCCAUCUCUGAAUUGCAGGGUCUUGAAACGCCAAGUGAGAGCUGCUACGACCCUGCUCUAUGUGGCCUCGUGCAACCGGUGGGACCAGCGACUAACUUUGGGCCAUGCACCUUGAUGGGAGACAGUUCAGGGUCUGACUAUGGACAUCCUGCUCCAGCGUAUGUACAGCCGUACCCAGAAACCUUGCCUGCACCCCGUGGUCUGUACAGCUAUACAGGCAUGCUGAUCUCAUCCACUCUUGAACCUCCAAGAGCUACCUCAUCAGGAGGAUUUAAAGGGCUGGUAUUGGAGGGGGACUUGGUUAGUGGUUAUGGACCACAGGGGUCUUCCAAGCCCCAGGAGGACUUAGAAUCGGACUCUGGGUUAUCACUUAAUUACAGUGACGCAGAAUCCCUGGAGGCAGAGGGGCUGGAACGGGCAGAGUAUACACCACUUUAUCCUAUGGACCACGCACAAGUCUACCCAAUGUUGCCCCCUAUGCCAGAGAUGCCUUUCCCCACUCCGUCAAUGGCACCACCUUUGGAGAAGGGACGGAGCCCACAUAGGGAACUGGCAGGCAGCCGUGAUGAGCGUCGGGCGCUGGCCAUGAAAAUACCCUUCUCUGUGGAAAAGAUCAUUAAUUUGCCCGUGGACGACUUCAACGAGUUGGUGUCACGCUUCCCCUUAAACGAGCCACAGCUGGCACUGAUCCGGGACAUCCGUCGCCGUGGCAAGAACAAAGUGGCUGCUAGGAACUGCCGCUAUAGCCGGAAACUAAGGAGACCCUCGCGGCACCUGGAGCGGGGAGCACUGGCUGAGCUCGAGUCCGCUAAGCGGCAGCGCUUGCAUACAAUGAGAACCCGUGGCGAGUUCGAUAGGACUCUGACGCUCACCAAGCAGAAGCUGGGGGCCCUUUGCCACCAGGUUUUCUGCAUGUUUCGUGACGAGGCCGGCAACACCUACUCCCCAGAGGAGUACUCGCUGCAGCUCAGUGUUGAUGGCGACGUGCUCCUUGUGCCACGGAACAAGCAGCCAGAUAACGGGGCAGAUUGACAGCAUGGCAAAUAUACAGACAGCAACCUGGGAGUCCCAGGAGCAACACAAGGCUAUUUUCAGGGCCGUCCAGGUCAGGAUUUGAGAUCACCCACUUGCUGAGUUUGUGGGCACCUGAACAUUCACUAUUGGAAAUUCAGUCAGAUUCAUGCCUUGAACCUGACACUCCUCACAUCCCAUGACAAAAAAGGGGAAACCAAGUUUCAGUGCAUUUGGGGAAACCUGGUGCAGGAACUGGGAUGGGAACCACCAGAAACAUGCUAUAGGAGCACAGUUAAAAAAACAGGAAUGGCAA